AUGCCGGUCCUCCACACUCUUUGGAGUGGAAAAGCUGUUCAUGUAAACAUGCUCUUCAGACCGUCGCUGUUUAGAAACCCAAUCUUCUGGAAUAGCAGAUGUAUAACUCAACAGAUGAUGAACCAUGAUAAUGAAAAAAAGAUGUGUAGAAAGGUAAAGUUGGUUUACAACUGUCGAACGUUUCGUAUUCUGUCCGUCUUUUUGUCGUCCUUUGAUAUAUAAAUUCACCAACAUACCUAUUUUGGUGAGUCUGAUCUUGUGUAAAAUGUUGAUAAAUAUCAAUUUGUAGUUUUUCCACUCGCAGCAGAGUUCUCUGCAGAACUGCUGCCCAACUGUAAUUAAACUUCAUCCUUACACCCAGUAGAUCGAUUUACUUAUCUCCCUCUAACAAGAACAACAAGCGUUAUUUACAUUUCGAAAGAUUUGUACAUUUGUAAAGACAAUUUAAUCGAGUAGACUUAGAGUCAAAGUGAUAAGAUUACACUGUUUCAAAUCAAGCUUAGUGAAGACUAUUAAAUCAAGGUAGUUUUAAUUGAACAUUUUAUAACCGAAAUGCAAAAGCAAGUGACUUUUUUCCUACGUUAUUUCAGGCCAAAAGUGGUUUAUUUCGAGAGAUAUAUAAAGGUCCAUACUGCUUAUCUCGUGUCAGACCUAUGAGUAGCCAAUCACAAGGCAGCUUCUUGACAGAUCUGAAAUCCAGUCCUUCACCAGCUCUUUUUCUGGGAUUCUUUGGAGCAGUUCCAUUCACUGGCCUGGCUGGGAUGUCCAUUUUCCUUCCUGAACAUAUGGAACUCAUAGUGCAUGCUCAGCAAGCUUAUGGAGCAUGCAUUCUCUCCUUUCUUGGGGCAAUACACUGGGGCUAUGCAUUGGCCAAAAACAGUGGUCUGAAGCCUGACUGGAGUACUCUUGGAUACAGUGUAACUCCAUCACUUAUUGCAUGGACAGCUUUGCUUGUUAAUCCACUUCCAGGAUUUGUUACCUUGUGUGUUGGACUUGCCUUUGCUUUAUCUAAGGAUCUGAAAACACCUCACUUCCCAGUUUGGUAUUAUUCUUUGAGAAAAGCAUUGACGACAUUGGCUGUUGGUUCUGUUGCCUUAACGGCAGCUGUGUUUUAUUUCCACUAG